CCCCCUGACACUCGGACGGAGGGGAGCUGCGGGUCCUGUGAUGCUGUGACGGAGGAGGCGGGGCCAGGAGUCAGGCGAACCAGGGAAGAUGGAGGACCGUGUGAUGGGGCCGUCGGAGCGGACCCGCAUCCUGCCGCAGCACCGCGGCUGAACGCAGUCUCAUCCUGGCAGCCUGUGCUCUGAGCUCAUAGAGGAGGAAGCUGAUGAUGGACUCCUAAAACUCCUCUGACACUGUUGAGCCAACCAGAACCAAACAGCCAUGAACCCCCAGGAGACGGAGCUUGGGCAAGUGGCGAUGGAGGAAACCGAUGCCCCUCCUCGCUUUCACCAUAACAAUCACAGUAGCUGGUCCAAUAACCUGGAAAAGCGGUACAGGCGCUGUGAGGCCCCAGCUGGAGGAAGUGCCGGCGGCAGUGCACGGGCGCCACAACAGCGUCUGCCACAGGAGGAGCAAGACAUAGAACUGCAGCACGGAGCUCAGUUUCCGCAGCCACAGCAGCCACAGCCUAUUCCUCGACCUGCAGUGACACGUUAUCGAAGACAGGGGGACAACGAGGCCCGGAUCAGAGUCCAGCAGCAGAGACACAGACAGAGGCAGCAGAGAGAGGCGGAGAGAGCACAGCAGCAGAAGAAGCAGCACCACCCAGAGAUGACCCAGGAAGACGAACGAGAGAGGGAUGAUUCAGUGCUGGCCCGCUCAGCGAGCACGGAGAGCGGCUUCCACACCCAUACAGACCGGGCUGAGGGUGAUGAUAGCCUGGUAAUGAUGUCUCUGGAGCCUGAGGCACAGCCAGAGCCAGAGGACGAAGCAGGGAUUUAUGAAGUCCAGCUACGGCCAGAGGCAGAGGGAUACACUGAGAGUGCAGAGGCUGAACAGCAACAACUCCAUUCACAUCCUUUCUUUCCUCAGACCCCACCGCUGCCAUGUGAAGCUUUGCCUGAUAUUCAAAACCCCCAGACACAGGAUGAUGAAGAACAGGUCCUGAAUUCUGGAUAUUCCAACUACGUCUACUCCCAACCCCUCAGCCCCUCCAGGGGAAGGGCCGAAGUGUUGGUCAGUCAGAGCUUGGAGAGUUUAGAUAUUGGACUUGUGGAUGAAGCCUAUUGUGAGCCUUAUGACAUUUGCUCACUGUCUGAGCAUGUAUAUGAGGAAAUCUGUGAUGCCCCAUCAUCAGUUUCAUCUGCUGCAGACAUGGCUGGGGACACAGAGUCUCUUCAACAGAGGAGGGCUGGGUUUCGACUUUUGGAGGGCCAGACGGGAGGUGACGACUACCAUCAGCAGGAGGCAGUGGGCUCCCGUCUCCGCCACUAUGACGAACGCUCAGAUGGUGAGUCAGACAGCCCAGAGAAGGAGGCUGAAUUUGCCCCCUACCCACGUGCCGACAGCUGUGAGCACGAGGAGGACAUUGACAGCAUUGUGGCUGAGGUCAAAGAAAGCAUAAGCUCUCAGAGUCUUCAUCGUAAUGCAGAAGACACCAUAUGUGAGGAGAAUGACCUACCACAGGAAGAAGAAAAACACCAACUUGAGUCCCAGACUGACUCCGAUAAACAUCACAGAGCAGCCAACCGAGGGAAGCCAGCCAGAAAGCUGUCUGUUAGUCCCUCAGAGGAGCCUGGAGCAGUGAAGAACAGCCAGGAGAAGAGGGAUGCCAUCUCUCUGGCUAUUAAGGACAUUAAGGAGGCCAUAGAGGAGGUGAAGAUCAGAACGGUGAGAUCUCCGUACACACCCGAUGAGCCCAAGGAGCCCAUUUGGGUAAUGAGGCAGGACCUGAGCCCCACUGCUGAAUGUGACCUUCAGGCAUCACUUGGAGGAGAUUCUCCUGGUUCCGGCUCCCCCUCUCCUCCAGGAGCAGAGUCCUCCCACAGACAUCUGCUGCAGGAUGACAGUGGUGAAUCGUCUCCUUCCGGUAAAGAGUCCAGAAGAAGCCUCGCUUCCUUCCCCACAUAUGUAGAAGUGCCAGGCCCGUGUGACCCGGAGGACCUGAUCGAUGGGAUCAUCUUCGCAGCCAUCUACCUGGGCUCCACCCAGCUGCUGUCGGACAAGACGCCGUCCAAGAACAUCCGCAUGAUGCAGGCGCAGGAGGCCGUCAGCCGCAUCAAGACGGCCCAGAAAUUAGGGCAGAACAAGAAGAAGGCCCCCGAGGGGGAGCCUCAGCCCACGACAGAGGUGGAUCUCUUCAUCUCCACCCAGAGAAUCAAAGUCCUCAACGCUGACUCUCAGGAGACCAUGAUGGACCACCCUCUGCGGACAAUCUCCUACAUUGCUGACAUUGGCAACAUUGUGGUACUGAUGGCCCGGCGCAGGAUGCCUCGAACGGACUCUCAGGAGAGCGUGGAGGCCUCAGACCCGGGUCAAGAGAGCAAGCGGCAGUACAAGAUGAUAUGCCAUGUGUUCGAGUCUGAGGAUGCCCAGCUGAUCGCACAAUCUAUCGGACAGGCGUUCAGCGUCGCCUACCAGGAAUUCUUACGGGCCAAUGGUAUCAACCCUGACGACCUCAGCCAGAAGGAGUACAGUGACCUUCUCAACACUCAGGACAUGUACAACGAUGACCUCAUCCACUUCUCCAAGUCGGAGAACUGCAAAGAUGUGUUCGUGGAGAAAGCUAAAGGCGAGAUCCUGGGUGUUGUCAUUGUGGAGAGUGGGUGGGGCUCCAUCCUGCCCACCGUCAUCAUUGCCAACAUGAUGCAUGCUGGGCCGGCGGAGAGGUCCGGCAGACUGAACAUAGGAGACCAGAUCAUGUCCAUCAACGGGACCAGUCUGGUGGGACUGCCACUGUCCACCUGCCAGAGCAUCAUAAAGGGCCUGAAGAACCAGUCUCGUAUCCAGCUGAACAUCGUCAGAUGUCCCCCGGUGACCACCGUCCUCAUCAGGCGUCCAGACCUCCGCUACCAGCUGGGCUUCAGUGUCCAGAACGGCAUUAUCUGUAGCCUGAUGCGCGGGGGUAUUGCUGAGCGCGGCGGGGUGAGAGUGGGUCACCGCAUCAUCGAAAUCAACAGUCAGAGCGUGGUGGCCACGCCCCACGAGAAGAUCGUCCACAUCUUGUCCAACGCCGUGGGAGAGAUCCACAUGAAGACGAUGCCUGCGGCCAUGUACCGCCUGCUGACUGCGCAGGAGCAGCCGGUUUACAUCUAACAAGACACGGCCUUUAGACCCCCUGCGAUCAGCUGUCACUCCCCAGGCCAACCUGUUCAGCCCCAGUCCUCGUCCUCAACCCUCCCAUCCGCAGCCGAUGCCGUGGAUAGAUGGUUUGGUUCCUCGUCGUUACAAUUAGUGAAAGGUUAUUGUUUUUUGGGGGUUUUUUACCACCAAAGAAUUUUCAACUCCCAGUAGUUCCUCAGAAUCCUAAUAUUUCCUUCCCUGUUCCCUGUUCACAUUCUGAAACUCAACUCUUUUGAGUAAACGUCGACGUGUAUCCGUAAUGGGCUCUUAAAGGGGCAGUAAGCGAUCUUGGAGAAAGCUUGAUUCUCCCUUUGUUGUUGCUGUGAUUUUCGCUCACUGAUGUGUGGCGCGACCCGGGUGUUUUCUCGAUUUACAGAGCCAGGGCGCACACACACAACCGACAGCGGAAAAAAACGCGUAUUGCUUUAGAAUCACUUACUGUCCCUUUAACUAUUAUAGUUUGAUGAGUGUUUUGGUCACAACACAGUGGAAAUUUUAUUUUCAUGAGCUGGCAACGGAAUCUGUUAAUCUGCAAACCGG